UGUUGUCAUAUCCAAACAUGUCGCUCAUUUGUAACAUGAAAAUUUUUAUUAUGUUAAUAUAAUAUUUGCCUUCCGUCAGAAUGAGUAACUUUUGUAGAGAGGUCAUCACGCUUCAGCUUGGUCAUUAUUCCAACUUUGUGGGCACUCAUUGGUGGAAUUUACAGGAUGCGUCUCUGUCAUACGACCCAGAGAUGCCACCUGGAGAGAUCCAGAGUGAUGUCAUGUUUCGUGAAGGCCAAACUCUUGGUGGGAACAUCACCUACACUCCACGUCUCAUUGCCAUGGACCUCAAAGGAAGUCUGCAGACUCUAAGGCAGGAGGGAAGUCUGUAUGAUACUGGAAAAGAAAAUUCUGCUGUUUCCUGGGAUGGAAGCCUGAUGAUACAUGAAGAAAGUACCCCUGCAAAAAACUCCUUUCUUGAAGACCUGGACAACUUGGAUUGUGGAGACAUACUGACUCAGGCAGAUUUUUCUUCCAACUUCCAAUAUCACUGUUCACCUGCCCCGCAGGUUCUCUGAGCGCAGGAUACUGUGAACAGUCGGCUUGCUCAAGUCCAGAAGAACUACAAGCUGGAGGGCAGCGUUAAGGUCUGGUCUGACUUCCUGCGCAUCCACUUGCACCCUCGCACCAUCUCCAUUAUCCACCAGUACAACCAUGAGGGAGAAGCUGACUGUCUGGAGGCUUUUGGCCAGGGGGAAACACUGCUGCAGGGGGCAGUGUUGGAGGAUCUGGAUGACAAACUGCAUUUCUUUGUUGAGGAGUGUGACUACUUCCAGGGUUUCCAGGUGCUGUGUGACCUAGCCGAUGGCUUUGCAGGUCUGGGCUCAAAGGUCACAGAAAUGCUACAGGACGCCUACGGUGGUCGAGGCAUCCUAACCUACGGGAUGGCUCCCGUCAGUCACCCAAAUUCAACUCCAAUGAAGGACCGCUACCAUCUGUUGAACUGUGCAUUAGGGAUGGUCCACAUGGCCAGUCACAGCUCCUUCUUCUGUCCGCUGACACUGCGAGGAGGACUGGGCCUCCGACCGUCGUCUCCUAUAAGCUUCCCUUACCUGAACUAUGAUCCGUCACUUUGGUACCACUCCAGCUCCGUCCUGUCUCUCGCUCUGGAUGCGCUCACUGUGCCGUACAGGCUGAGGAACAACUGCAUCCCCAUGUGGCAGCUGGCAGACUCGCUGUCUACGUCGGGCAGAACGGUGGUGGCGGCUUACGGUGUCGUCCCGUUUCCAAUAAUGCACGGCAGCUCUUUCCCCGAUGCCCUGAGCGCCUGUGCUGACUCGUUGCCUUGGAAACCACUGUCAACGUGCACCGAAGCAGCCGACGGUCGAUGCUAUGGCCAGUGGGUGACACUCAAAGGCUUGGAAGUCCAACGACUCACUAGUUCUGUUGCUCCAGGGACAGAACUGCUAUCUCCUCUCCACAACCUCCAGAGCGGGGAAGACGUCUUGGCAUCUUAUAUUACAUCUUUCUAUCCUACAGCUCCUCUGGCUCUACAGCUCAUUUCCAGUCCCAGUAAAUUGACCCCACCCUUCCCACGGAUAUUCAGUCAGUCUCUCACCGAGCGAGGUCUCGAGCACAGCCAACUGCUUGCAACCAGUUCUCCGUUCACCCAACCAGUCGUCACCUCUGUACCAGUCAUGACGUCUCUCCAGUCAGGGCCCGCGCUGGACCCGUGGCUCUCGGAGUUGCAUCGCAGCGUCAGCGCUUUCGACAUCCGCCGCGUGGCUCCCAGCUUUCUUUCCCAGGGCCCUGAAACAGCGGACUACAGCGAGGCCCUAGAGCAGUUGCGCUUAUUGGCUCGAAACUACCGAGACGACAGCGGUGGAGCGACGCGGUCGUCUUCUGAGGAUGACGACGACUGACGUGUGUUGGACUCAUAUUGCUUACACUCACUCGGCCCCUGGAGAACCAAGGUGCACUAAUGUGGUGAUUGAAACUGUCAGUUUGCUGUCUUGGUAAACAACAGCAGUCUGUAACCUUUUCCAAUCAUUGUAUUGUUUUUGUUUAACUAAAUGUCCCGACUACAUUGGAAUUGGGGUUGUACUGAAAUAAGAGGGAGCUGUGUGACAAAACAGUUUUGCAGGAAUCAUGGCCUCAUUCAACAGCAAGUUGGAUCAUGUGGCUCAAUGAGCAACCUGUUAAUUUUAGUGUGGCUUAAUACUUUCACACUGGUUUUUAUUUUUCCAUGAUGACAUUCUUCCAUAUGAUCGUGUGCUUUUAUUUUAAAGCAGUAGUCAUUUUUGCUGCUAAAGAUCUACUGAGACCAUAAAACACAAUCAGGAGGCUUUUAUUUAAUUUUUUUUUUUUUUAAUUUGAAAUUAAAUGUCACAGCUUUCACAAAAGGUGAAACAUUCCAAUAAAGUACAGCGGUACAGAAUUAGCAUCUAUAUUUAAGGACAAAGGGGGCUAAAAUGCAUACCACCAACUUAUAGAACGGUACACAAACUGCAACUUUAACAAAAAGCCUGCUAAUUUGGGUCUACGGUAAAGGAGAAAAAUGUGUAAAAGCAAAUAAAAUGGAGAAGCAUGUGCAUGAGACAAGAGCAAGCAUCUGGGAUGUAUAGCUACUUAUCAAAAAUGGGAAGUACCCGUGUGUGGGUUGGGAAAUGUCAAAGUGGAGGAAGAGGGGGACACUAAGUGAUGACAAA